UCCCUGAGUUGAUUAUUCAGAUUUUUUUAGUUAUUACCAUUCUAAAUACAAAGAAACAGCUUGUCUCUUUCUCAUUUUUAUUCCAUAUCAAACUAGUAGGGUAUUAUAUAUAUAGGGGGUUAUUGACGUGCGCUAGAGGAAAAAAGUGAAUGUAAAACAAAAUACAGACCGCAGAUUUUCUUACAGAAAAGUGAUGACUGAGUCCCCUACAUCUGUCCGGGGUCUGGUCAGAGAUUUCUCAGACCGGACAAGUUGCCAUGGUAUCGGACAGAUCAAUGCACCACAACCCUUCAUCUGGCGUGUGUUCUGGUUGCUGAUCUUCCUUGGAGGACUAGGCAUGGUGUUUUACCAGUGCCAAUCGUUACUGGUACUCUAUCUUGAUAAACCAACGGCUACAACCGUUGAUGUCACUUACAGCCCGACAUUGAAUUUCCCAGCUGUUACAAUCUGCAAUUUGAAUGCAAUGAAAAAGGAUAGCCUUUCCGCCUUCCCUGAAGCGGAAGGGUUACUGAAAAGAUAUAAUGAAAUGUCUCAAUCCAACGGGACGUUUGAUGUACUGUAUUUAUUGGGAGACGACGAGCUACAGGAUCUUGCCAAAGGCUACAUUGCCAAGAAUGAAGAAACCGCAAAUAUUUCAAUUGAUACACAGCUAAUUCUGGAAGACUUAAUGGUACACACAUUGGCUAAAUCAGACCAACAGAAGCUAGAAAGAGCAGGCCAUCGUUUUGAAGAAUUGGUAUUUCGAUGUUCUUGGAAUAUGUUCACGUGUAAUAAAGGGGAAUUUAUGAAAUACUGGCGUUCGUUCUGGCAUUUUCGAUAUGGAAACUGUUACACGUUCAAUCAAGGCUUGGACAAAGAAGGAGAGGAGAUUAUACCCCUCAAAUCAUCUAAUACUGGACCUAUGUAUGGCUUGACGCUCGAUUUGUACAUCAAUCAAAACCAGUACAUCACACCAUUUACGCAAGAGGCGGGGGUCAAGGUUCUGCUUUCUGAUCAGAGUGAAAUCACUUUUCCUGAUUCUGACGGGUUUUCUGUUCCGCCCGGAUAUUCGGCUUUUAUUGGACUAAGAAAGCGUUUGAUCACUCGCGUUGACCCGUUCAAAAACGGCAGCUGUUAUAAUACUGAUAAAGGUCUUGAGAUGGGCAGUAUUUAUCAGUCGGCUCACAGAGGCAUGAAGUAUUCCAUACAGGGUUGUAUGAACUCCUGCCUGGCGAAUAAACAAAGGGAGAACUGCAACUGCACGGAAGCGAAGUUCAGAGUUGGGCCAAACUGUAAAAACGCAACAGAAAUGGAAUGUCUUCAUAAUGUAAGCCUGCACUACCUUAAAGGACAAUUGGGAUGUCUGAAGCGUUGUCCCCAGCCUUGCACUCAAAAAUCAUUCAUUCGAUCAAUCUCACAGUCCCAAUGGUCAGAACAAUAUCAGGAUGCAAUGGUGAAAAUGAUCAAGAAAAAGAAGGACAAUUUCGAAAAUAUAUUCUAUAACGAAAGCUCCGAUAAAUUAAGGAAAGACUUCCUCCGUCUAAAUAUUUAUUUCCAAGACCUCAAUUUGGAAAAGAUCACUUACAAAGAGGCUUAUCCGGCUGAGAGCUUCCUAGGCGACGUGGGGGGUCAGCUUGGUCUGUGGAUCGGAGUGUCGGUGAUCACUUGUGCGGAGUUCGUCAAGCUCAUGAUGGACGUGGUGUGGGUCGUGAUGCAGAAGAUGAAACGCCGGUCGAAUAAAGUGCAGAGAGUCGACAAGGGGAGAGAAGGAUAGAAACCAGGCCUCUACCUAGAGGGAGAGAGGGGACAUGUCCGCAAACCUCCCUCACAUGUGUGCUUACGGUUUUAAAAGCAUUUGUCAUUUUUUCUUUAUCUGCAAUCAAUCUCGCCGUGAUCGUAUAGUGGUUAGUACAUUGCGUUGUGGCCGGAAUAACCCAGGUUCGAAUCCUGGUCACGGCAUCUUUUUCUACCUUACUGGCUCGUCUAUUUUACCAUCAUUUUAAUUUGAUAAAUGUUUAUUAAUUUUACUGCGUAGCAAUGAAUGUGUUGAAUGAAUGCAGUUUUUAUCUUAUAUUCUUCUCAUUUUAGUUAGAUUUCUCCUUCUUGAAAACUUAUUUUCUUUGAUUAUAUCAAACGCGUGCAGUGUAGGGGCAUGUUAUUUUUGCUUUGUUUUCAAAUAAUUUGAAAAUAACGA